AUGUGUUACAACAAAAUUAAAACAAGAAUAUUCUCACUGUUGGUAAUUUCAAAUAAGGAACUGGGAAAUCAGUCGUGGUUCGAUUUAGUUUUAAGGGAUGUCAUAGGAAGAAAUGAGGAUGAAAGCGUAGAAUCUAGCAGUGAUUCCUCUAAUUCGCCAUGA